AUGGCUUUCUUGUUUGAUGAAGGUUGGGAGGCUGAAGGCUCCUUUAGUUCUCAAACUCUAGCUGUUGACACUUCACUUCUCCCCAUUUCAAGAGGGGUCCGUCUUCAAGCUCAAGAUGCUUGCGACUCUACAGAGGAGCUUCGCCUGAAGGAAGAGGUUUCUCGUCUCAAAGAUCUCCCAGCUCAAGCUGAAUCUCGCAGAGAGAAGACUUUGAAGCUUCAAGAGGAUCCUUCCAACUCCAAGCAGCGCGAGUUAGAGAAAAAAGACACAGAAUUUGGGCAGGAGCAAGAUUUCACGACUACAAACUUCACACCGUUAAAGCUAUUUGUCAAAGUUACAAUGAACGACUUGACUCUAACAUCAGGGGAUGCCUACAACAGCGGAUAUUUGAAUGGACAUAAGCACAACUCUACUUGUGCAAGCUAA